AUGGAGUUUAAGAUAGAAGACUUUGAAUUCGAAGUGAAACGUCGAUACCCUCACCGCACUGAUAUCCUUGGAAUAGCUGAAAAGGUUCAGCAGUCUAUUCGUUCUGAAUAUGGCGGGGUAAUGCCAAGUGAUUUAUUUGAUAUCUAUGAGAGGAGAGAAGCCACCUCACAAAAUUUUACCCCUAGGGAGAUAGAAACAUUACAAAAGCUCCUAGCUAAAUGGCAAGAUACGACUGCUAUUGAAAAAGAGUAUGCCUUCCUAAGAUUGGAUCUUCAUUAUCCAGAUAACGAGAUUAUACAUGAUACCGAGGAACAUGCUGCAGACACAGCGGAGAAGAUGAAGCAAUGGUUACUCGCCAGACACGGAACCCUGGAAUUCUAG